AAAGGUCUUCAUCUAAGAGGUAUUCCGUAUUCUAUGCUUUUCUUUUUCAAGAUCAUGACCACUUAUUUUUCCGAAAGCUUAUUGAUUAUUGUUAUUAUUGUUGUUGUUCUGAUAAAGAAUAUCACGAAUAUCGGAAAUAGUAAAGUUGUAUUGCCACUGCAUUUUCACAAGCCAUAAUUAUAGUCUUGAAAAUGCUAUCAUCUUUUGUAUUAAAUUAUAUUCUCUUGAACCUUCCUUAUAUUUCCCUAUGACUCUUUUCUCUUUUUUUUACAGAUUCCAUUCCUGAGGAGUUCUUGUCCGGGUCCUCUUCCUUCACAUUUGCAUAAAUUAGAAGUCGCCUUAGAAAAGGUCCUCCUGGAGAUCCACCACUUCCUGAGCCACGGCGACGGGCUGCGCACCUCGCUGGAGUCGCAGCUGAAGCCCGCCCUCGGGAUGUACGACACCCUGGAGCACCUGCUGUCGUCGCACGGCAUCAAGGGCAAGAAGGCCAACAAGGCGACGGAGAACUUCGCCUGGAAUGUCAGGAUCAUCCGCGGCCAGCUGGAUCGGCUGGCGGCGCUGAAGAAGAAAUGCAAGAUGGCCUUGGAGCAGGUGGAGUCGACCAAGGCGACGCUGGACAGCCUGAACACCCGUGAGCGGUCGCCCUCGGUGCGCGAGCGGCCGCGCCUCACGCUGGCCAACCGCCACAACACGACGGAGAACUUGACCACCUACGGCAGCCUCGGCCGGUCCCCGACCACGCCCAGCAGCGAGUGCAAGCCCAAGAGCAUCCUCAAGAAGAGCAACUCUAACCUGGAGUCGAGCAGUAUCGGGUACGUGAACGAGGACUACCUCAUGACGCCGAGUAGUUCCUCGACUGUGGUAGGGGAGGACGAGGACGCGGCCAACCUCCUGAAGCCUCCGCUGCUGCAUUCCUUCAGCUAUACACCUGGCUUCAGCUAUGAGCAAAACACAGCGCUGUAGCUUAGUAAUUAGUGUUACUGUUAUUUUUUCUCCCUUCAUAAGGCAUUUGUAAUGAUAGUGUAUGCAACUUAUAUUGCGUAUUGUAAAUAUGGUGAAGCUGUGUAAAAAAAAAAACAGAUUUUCGAGCCUGUGUAUUUAUUUUUUUGUAUUUUGAUACAAGUUUUGUGUUUGUUUAUUUCGCUACUGUUUUACUUUGUACCGUUGCUGCUGUAAGGUACAUUAUUUACCUAUAUUGCAUAUGCUGCACAUGUAGUGUGUAAAGGGUUAUGCGUGAAUCAAUGUGCAUACGAGGCUAUACACAGUACUGUACUUGAAUAUAGAUCAAUGUUCAUGUUUACAAGAUGUCCUUAUCAGAUUCAUAAAUGCAUAGCUCAGCUGAGCUCUGAGUUUUUAAAACCAGAUGUAAGUUGAUAUGUAUUCAUAGUUAUCAUUUAUAUAUCCAUGCAUACAUUCAAGCAUUCAUCCAUUAAUUUAUGUUAUGUAGACAUACAUAAUUAUCUACAU